AUUUUUAACAAAAAGUAGAGUUCUACGAACGACACCGUUUCAUUUAAGAUUAAUCCUCAACCUCUACUAUUCUCACCCCUUUUGUCGCUGCAAUUCUCCAUCUCUCUAUGCCUCCUGUGAUUCAUCAUCUCCACGCCUUCUCCUACAAUUCAAUCAAUUUGUCCAACACAAUCCACAGCAAGCCCAUAACAAAUCAACAAUGGAGAAAAGACCCAUCUAUCUAUCUCUCUAUCUAUCUAUCUAUCUAUCUAUCCAUCUCUCGUUUCUCUUCAGUUUUCUCUCUCUAAUUCUUAGUAUACAAGAGUUAUUAAAGACCAACAAUGGAGAGCUUGAAGCCAGCAAAGCAGAGGUCCAGUUUUUGGCUCCACACCACUAUGGCUUGUAGAAAGAGAAAACUAGAGAAAGAAGUUUCAUAACACAGAGUCAAAGAAAUCCAGUUUUAUGGGCAAUGUUAUUAUGCAUCAUGAAGUUAUAAAGCCGUUUCAUGAAGUUUUUCUUUGAUUCCUUCUCUGUACCUUCGCUGUGGUUCUUGUUAAAUAAAUUGAAUGAAUUGUA